AUGUUGCUGCUGGCCACGCCUGUGCGCGGCUGUGGCCUGCCGGCGCCCGCCUGCCCGGCCACCUUGCUGGAACGUCUUCGUCGAUCUGGAGUAGUAUCCUCUUCUCCUCCUGCUACCACGAGUGCCAGUGACUGCUAUUUUGAUUACGAGUUGUCCAGCGAGUUCGUGGCCGAACCAAUUGGCAUUUGGCAGUUGGCACCCCUAAUUACGGGUCACACCCGCUUUUCAUCUCAACCCGACCAACCUCGCCGGAUUUCCGACCGCCGUCUUUCCCGGCGGGACCUCUUCCCCCACAACCGCACCGGCACCCACCUUCGCGCUCUGCCCGACCCGAAUACCCCCCAAGACCUUAGCCCCAGCCCCAAUCACAACCCCAUCCCCAAUCACAGGAUGCCAGCUGCCCCCAUCUCCCUCCCCCAAAGUCACGCCGUGCAUAAUCGUGGCGCCGUCUCCGACGACAGCCGUCCGCCCGAUAACGACCCCCGUCGCGUGAUCGAACACCAUCCCGCGGCCGAUCUCCGCCCCAGGAUGGAUGUCCACUGCGAAAACCUCCGAAACCCGGCUCUGGACCACGUGGGCCAAGGCGAUCCGGCUCUGGGCCCAGAAUUCAUGGGCCAGCCUAUGGGCCUGACAGGCUAA